AUGGGAUCCAGCAGCGGUAGAGCCAUCAAGCUGCCUCUCGUUCCCUUGGCAAAGGGCUCCGUUCUGCUCCCCGGCGUCACAUUGCGAAUUCCGGUCUCCAACCGCCCGGACUUGACCAAUCUCUUGUCAUCUCUGGUCGAUCGGCCCCAGAAGCGCGAUGGCGGUUCCAUUACCUUCGGAUGUAUUCCGCUUAGCUCGCCCUUCCUGAGCCGCGACGGCCAGCAGCUUCUUGAAGGUGAUGAGUCGGAAGAUGAACGGAAGGAGGAUUAUGACUCGAUCGAUGCCGGUCAAGCGCGCAAGGAAGACCUUUUCCGCUACGGUACCGUGGGCAAAGUGAUCGGCGUACAACGCCGCGCCUAUGCGGAACCAUUCCUUCUGGUCCAGGGAUCACAGCGAUUCACGGUGAGAAAGGUACUGAAGGAUCGACCUUUCUUCGAAGCAGAGGUCGUUCUUCAUGAUGAGAGUACAUCUUCAAUCCAUGGCGACUCCGAAGCGGCCGAACUCUUCCAGCAGCUUCGUCAACUAUCUCGCGAGCUUCUCACUCUUUUGCGCCUUUCCUCUUUGUUAUCCUCCGCCUCGACUCGGCUGUCACCGCUAGUCGCGCGAAAGUUUGAAUUGUAUAUCUCGAAGACGGAAAUCGGCCAGGCCGGCAGACUAGCCGACUUUAUGGCAGAUGUAUCUGAUGGAAGUUUUGAAGAGAAACUGCGGAUUCUGGCCUCGUUCGAUGUCAAGGAGCGCCUGGAGCGGGUUGUCGAGAUUCUGACUCGUCAAGCUCAACAUAUUAAGAGCAGCGUAAAGGUCACAUCGAUUACCACAACGUCGUUCCCUCCAAAUUCGGAUGUUGGACAGAUUGAUCCGCGUGAGCGUGAUUUGCUCGCAAGGCGUGCGAUGGCCGGCCUUUCAGGUCUUACCCCUCCUGGCCCUGCUGGCGCGCGGGGGGAGCCGAAUGAAAUUGAUGAGCUGCAGAAGCGCAUCACUGACGCUGAGCUGAGUCCCGAGGCGCAGAAGGUGGCUGACAAAGAACUGAAGCGUCUGCGCAAGAUGAACCCAGCCAACGCGGAGUAUGGUGUUUGCCGUACCUAUCUCGAAAAUCUGGCUGAAAUUCCCUGGACCCAGGUCACUCAGGAUCAAUUAGGCCCUGAUACGUUGCGGCGCGCUCGAAAGCAACUGGACGAGGACCAUUACGGACUGGAGCGGAUCAAGAAAAGACUUCUGGAAUAUUUGGCCGUUCUGCGCUUGAAGCAAUCGACCAACCAGGAUGUCGAGCGCCAGAUCACUGGACUCUCGAAGGACCUGGAUGCGUCGUCCACUGGCGAUCUUGAGAAAGACGUUCCCCUUCUUUCAGAAGCUGACCGAGUUGCAUUGGAGACCCGGCUGGAGAUUCUCAAGUCCAAACGCAUGACUGACAAGUCGCCCAUUCUGCUGCUUGUUGGUCCUCCGGGAACCGGCAAAACCAGUCUGGCAAGAUCGGUUGCUGCAUCGCUUGGCCGCAAAUUCCACCGAAUCUCACUUGGUGGCGUCCGUGACGAGGCCGAAAUUCGUGGCCACCGACGAACUUAUGUUGCUGCGAUGCCCGGUCUUGUUGUCAACGGGCUAAAAAAAGUGGGCGUUGCUAAUCCCGUCUUCUUGCUGGACGAGAUUGACAAGGUCGGGGGUGCCAACUUCCAAGGUGAUCCGUCUGCGGCCAUGCUCGAAGUUCUCGACCCCGAGCAGAAUUACACCUUCACUGACCACUACAUCAACAUCCCGAUUGAUUUGAGCAAGAUUCUCUUCAUUGCUACCGCCAACUCCCUCGAUACCAUCCCAGCACCCUUGCUAGACCGCAUGGAAACCAUCUCCCUCUCUGGAUACACCACUGUGGAAAAGCGACACAUUGCUAAGAGGCAUCUGAUCCCCAAGCAGAUCCGUGCCAAUGGUCUGAGUGAGGGACAGGUCAACCUGUCAGAUGAAGUUAUUGAUAAGACGAUCACUGCCUAUACUCGUGAAUCUGGUGUUCGUAAUCUAGAGCGCGAGCUUGGCUCUAUCUGUCGCCACAAGGCCGUUCAGUUCGCUGACGCCGGCGAUGCUGACCGCCUGGAUGACUACAAUCCAGUCGUUUCAGUCGAGGAUCUCGAAGAUAUCCUUGGUAUUGAGAGAUUCGAAGAGGAGAUUGCUGAGAAGCACGGUCGCCCUGGAGUUGUCACUGGUCUGGUGGCCUACUCCACUGGUGGACAGGGAAGCAUCCUUUUUAUCGAGGUGGCUGAUAUGCCCGGAAAUGGACGUGUUCAGCUGACUGGCAAGCUUGGCGACGUUUUGAAGGAGUCUGUUGAGGUAGCCCUCACUUGGGUGAAGGCUCAUUCGUUCGAGCUGGGGCUCACCCACGACCCAAAUGAGGACGUCAUGAAGAGUCGCAGCUUGCACGUUCACUGCCCCUCGGGUGCUAUCCCCAAGGAUGGCCCCUCGGCCGGCCUCGCACACACGGUGGCGCUCAUCUCUUUGUUCAGCAACAAGCCCGUGCCGCCGCAGAUUGCCAUGACGGGUGAAAUUUCGUUGCGAGGGCGCGUGAUGCCUGUUGGUGGAAUCAAGGAGAAGCUCAUUGGGGCUCUUCGUGCAGGUGUCAAGACUGUGCUUUUGCCAUAUGCCAACCGCAAGGACGUCAAGGACGUACCUCAGGAAGUCUUGGAGGGUCUAGAGAUUGUUUAUGUCCAACACAUCUGGGAAGCCCUUCGCCAAAUCUGGCCGGAUGCUCACUGGCCUGGUCAGCACCAAGUGAACUUUGUCGAGAGUCGUCUCUAG